CUACUAUAUCCAAUCAUGCUCACAACACAACCCCAACAAUGCCUUUUCAUCUUCCUCUCUCUCUCUCUCUCUUUCUCUUUCUCUUUUUCCAAUACAAUCAAUCUGUCACCUUUUUUCGAUAUUUUUAGCAAUUUUCCCUUUUUAGCUUUAUCUCAUUCCCGUCAUCCUCGUUGUAAUUCAAUUUUUUUCAUUCCUUUUGGUCAAUGGAGGAGGUUGUUUGAAUUUCAACAAUCUUCUCCUACAAACCACAACAAUCAACAACACAAACUUUUUUAUACAAGGAUGCACUUGGAAUUGAAAUUGGAAUUUGAAUUUGGGUUAAUUAGAGAUUCUUCUUUAAGGUUUAAGGUUUGUGGAGAAAGCCUCAAGAAUCAUGUGAGGGUGGUUGGUCUUUGACAGUUACAACUAAUUCCUUUGGAGGCUUGAGAAACCUUGAUUGGGUUGUUGUUUGUUUGGUGAAUUGAAUGAUUGAAUCAAUGAUUAAGGUUUGAUUAAGAAUUUUGGAUUGAUUAAGGUUUGAUUGAGCUUUGAAGAUUCCAUGUCUUGAGGCUGUGUGAAGGGACCUAGAUUUGUUUCCAGUUUCCUGAUUAUAGUUAAUUGUUGUGUUGAUUAAUUCAAUUUUGAGGGACAUGAAAUUUCUAAGCUUGGUUGGAAAUUCUUUUGGAUGUUCUGCAUCCGGGGAAAGACUAGUUUCUGCUGCAAGAGAUGGUGAUGUUCAAGAGGCUAAGGCCUUGUUGGAAUAUAACCCUCGUCUUGCGAGGUAUUCGACGUUCGGAGUUCGGAAUUCUCCUUUGCAUUACUCUGCUGCUCAUGGCCAUCAUGAGAUAGUGCAUCUCUUGCUUGAAUCUGGCGUUGAUAUAAAUCUCAGGAAUUAUCGCGGUCAGACUGCAUUGAUGCAAGCUUGCCAACAUGGUCACUGGGAGGUGGUUCAGACUCUGAUCCUUUUUAAAGCGAAUAUUCAUAAAACAGAUUACCUAAAUGGAGGUACUGCCCUCCAUUUGGCGGCUCUAAACGGCCACACUCGAUGCAUUCGGAUCCUCCUCGCAGACUAUAUACCGAGCAUCCCUAAUUUUUGGGAUGUAUUACAGACAGGCGAUUACAAAUCAAUCGCAGAAUUCGAUCAAAGUGGCAUUUGCGAGGUGAUUAACAAAACUUCUGAUGGAGGCAUCACUGCUCUGCAUAUGGCUGCAUUGAAUGGGCAUGUUGAAAGUGUGCAGUUGCUCUUGGAAUUGGGAGCUUCGGUGUCCGAGGUUACCGUAGAGGAUGGAACUACUAUUGAUUUAAUUGGCUCUGGGAGCACUCCACUUCAUUAUGCUGCAUGUGGUGGAAAUGCACAAUGUUGUCAACUGUUGAUUGCCAAGCGUGCCAGUCUCAGUGCCGAGAAUGCAAAUGGAUGGACUCCCUUAAUGGUCGCUCGUUCAUGGCAUAGAAGCUGGCUUGAGGACACCUUAAAAACACCUCCAGCCGAAAAUUUACAAGUUCUUCCUUCGCCAUAUAUAUCUCUUCCAUUUAUGAGCAUCGUGAAAAUUGCUAGAGAAUGUGGAUGGAGGACAAGUGAAUUAGCACCGAUAUGCUUAGAUCCAUGUGCAGUUUGUUUGGAAAGAAAAUGUAUGGUCGCUGUAGAAGGUUGUGAUCAUGAAUUCUGCACACAAUGUGCCUUGUACCUUUGCUCAACAACCUCAGCUUCAACAAGCAGACAUGGUCCCCCAGGUUCAAUUGCAUGUCCUCUCUGUCGCCACGGCAUAGUCACAUUCGUCAAGCUUCCCCACACAAGACCCUUACCAAAAGAAAUCCAAAGGACAACCACAAACCUGUCCUUAACAUUUUGCACUUGCUCAAGUGAAGUUCUUGGCGAUUCCUCUGACAUGACAACACCAUUUUGCAAACCAACAACUUCACGUGCCUCUAAAACUUCUUCCAUUUCAAGAUCAUUCCGGUCCUCGAGCUGUCAGAGAUUCUCUUCAUUCAGAAUGAACUCUAGUCUUUGUUUGGGAGGUUCUGAUGUUAGUCCUUCUUUGGUUCCUUGCACUAGUGUGGGAAGGAACUUGAGGAACCAUUUAUCUAGAUGUGCUGGUGCUGGUGCUGGUUCUGGUUUUGGAAGAUCAUCAUCUCAGAAUGAGAGAAGAAAAGCAUCUUGGUUUUGUUCUUUCAAUUCUUUCAAUCAGUCUGUUUCUACUGCCAGUGGAUGCUGAUUACACACUUUUCUCAUUUUUAUGCUUUUUUUUUCUUCAUUUUAUCAUCACAUUCACACCAAUGUAGUAAAAUCAGUAUCAUAAGUUAUAAUUCUAUUAUAUUCAUAUUUCAAAAAAAAAAAUCAUAUAAUGUUGACACCUUAUUAGCUUGUAAAUAACACCAACAUUGUUGGAACAUUCUUUUGUUUUGCCUACAAACUUAUAUUAUUUAGUUUCUAUUU